AUGAAGAAUUUGCUAGUUCCUCUUUUAUUCUUUCGAAACCUGUUUUCUUUUGUGCGUUCAUGUUUUCCUCUUCGGUACUUUUCUAAACUCUAUUUCUUAUUCUUUCUUCCUUUCUUCCUUCCUUCCUUUCUUCCCUCCUUCCUUCCUUCCUUCCUUUCUUCCCUCCUUCUUUUCUUCCUUUCUUACUUCCUUCUUCCUUUGCUCUUUCCUUCCUUCUUUCCUUCAUUUCUUCCCUCUUUCCUUGCUUCCUUUCUUCCUUCUUUCCUUCCUUUCGUCCUUUCUUUCUUCCCUCCUUUCUUCCUUCUUUCCUUCCUUUCUUCCAUCCUUUCUUCCCUCCUUCCUUCAUUUCUUUUUUCCUUCCUUUCUUCCUUCAUUCCUUUUUGCCUUCCGUCCUUGCUUCCUUUCUUCCUUCUUCCUUCUUCCGUCUUUCCUUCCUUUCUUCCCUCCUUCCUUCCUUUCUUCCCUCCUUUCUUCUUUCCUUCCUUCCUUCCUUCUUUCCUUUGUUGUCUCCUUUCUUCUUUUCUUCCUUCCUUUCUUCCUUUCCUCCUUCCUUCCUUUCUUUCCUCCUUUUUUCCUUCCUUCCUUCCUUCCUUCUUUCUUUCCUUCCUUUCUUCCCUCCUUUCUUCCUUUCUUCCUUCCUUCUUUCAUUCCUUCCUUUCUUCUUUCCUUUCUUCCCUCCUUCCUUCCUUUCUUCCCUCCUUUCUUCCUUCCUUUCUUCUUUCCUUCCUUUCUUCCUUCCUUCUUUCCUUCCUUUCUUCCUUCUUUCCUUUCUCCCCCCUUCCUUACUUUCUUCUUUCCUUCCUUCAUUUCUUCUUUCCUUUCUUCCUUCUUUCUUCCUUCCUUCUUUCCUUCCUUUCUUCCUUCUUUCCUUUCUUUCUCCCUUCCUUCCUUCUUUCCUUCCUUCCUUCCUUCUUUCCUUCUUCUUCCUUCCUUCUUUCCUUCCUUCCUCCUUUUCCUUCUUUCCUUUCUUCCUUCCUUUCUUUUCCUUCCUUCCUUUCUUCUUUUCUUCCUUCCUCCUUCCUUCUUUCUUCCCUCUUUUCUUCCUUCCUUUUUCUUCUUUCCUUUCUUCCUUCCUUCCUUUCCUUCCUUUCUUCCUUCUUUUCCUUUCUCCCCCUUCCUUCACUUUCUUCCUUUCUUUCUUCCUUCUUUCCUUCCUUUCUUCUUCUUUUCCUUUUCUUCCUUCUUUUCCUUCCUUCUUUUCCUUCCUUCCUUUCUUCUUCCUUUUCCUUCCUUCCUUUCUUCUUUCUUUUCUUCCCUCCUUCCUUCCUUCUUUCCUUUCUUUCCUCUUUCCUUCCUUCCUUCCUUUCUUCCUUCCUUCUUUCCUUCCUUUCUUCCUUCUUUCCUUUCUUCCCUCCUUCCUUCCUUUCUUUUUUCCUUCCUUUUUCUUUCUUUCCUUCCUUUCUUCUUUCCUUUCUUCCCUCCUUCCUUCCUUUCUUCCCUCCUUUCUUCCUUCCUUUCUUCCUUUCCUUCCUUUCUUCCUUCCUUCUUUCCUUCUUUUUCUUUCCUUCUUUUCUUUUCUUCCUUCCUUCUUUUCUACUUUCCUUCCUUCCUUUCUUCUUUCCUUUCUUCCCUCCUUCCUUCCUUCCUUUCUUCCCUCCUUCCCUCCUUCUUUCCUUUCUUCCAUCCUUCCUUAUUUUCUUCCUUCCUUCUUUCCUUCCUUUCUUCCUUCUUUUCUUUCUUCGCUCCUUCCCUCCUUUCUUCUUUCCUUCCUUCCUUUCUUCUUUCCUUUCUUCCCUCCUUCCUUCCUUCCUUUCUUCCCUCCUUCCCUCCCCUUUCCUUUCUUCCCUCCUUCCUUCCUUUCUUCCUUCCAUCUUUCCUUUCUUUCUUCCUUCUUUCCUUUCUUCCCUCUUUCCUUCCUUUCUUUUUUCCUUCCUUUCUUUCUUCCUCCCCCUUUCAAGAAACCAUUCCAUAUCUAUCUAUCUGAGGUUAUUACAUAUCUAUCUAUCUAUCUAUCUAUCUAUCUAUCUAUCUAUCUAUCUAUCUAUCUAUCUAUCUAUCUAUCUGAGGCUAUUCCAUAUCUAUCUAUCUAUCUAUAUUAGGCUAUUCCAUAUCUAUCUAUCUAUCUAUCUAUCUAUCUAUCUGAGGCUAUUCCAUAUCUAUCUAUCUAUCUAUCUAUCUGAGGCUAUUCCAUAUCUAUCUAUCUAUCUAUCUAUCUAUCUAUCUAUCUAUCUAUCUACCUGA